AUGGGCGCUUCAUCAUCGUCAACUUGUUCAUCUUUCACGGCCACCGCCAAGAGAGCAAAGUAUGAUCUCUUUGUUAGUUUCAGAGGUGAAGAUAUCGGAGACAAUUUUAGAAGUCAUUUUUGUAACGCUUUGUCUCCUGAAAACGUUUACUUCUUCGUUGAUGACAAACUUAAGAGAGGUGAUGAAAUCUGGCCAGUGCUUUCAACAGCAAUUGAAGAAUCAAGGAUUUCAGUAGUCAUUUUUUCCAAGGACCAUGCUUCAUCGAAAUGGUGCUUGAUUGAACUUGUAAAAAUUCUUGAAUGUAAGAAGACAAAUAAGCAAAUUGUUAUACCUGUCUUCUAUCAAGUAGAUCCAUCUGAUGUACUGUUGUAA